CAACUGGUUAAUUUACGUAAUGUCUGUCACAGAGUUUAUCACCCCAUUUUAUAAUAUAGCUACAUUGUUACAAUGAGUUAGCGCUACAUUUAUGAAACACGGUGGAAUUUAUAAUACGCGUGUUACAGGAAACGAUUGCCAGUUUGUAUCAUUGCGCAUAGGCAAAAUCGCAUAACUGCCAGCCGUGAUCGAAGAAUCAGAGUAGAUUCUGUGACAUGUCAUUGUCAAAGUAGUUUAUUUGCACAACAGUAAUAGCUUAUUGUCUCUAGCCUACUUAUAACCUGCAAUGCGGCUCUCACUCGCAUGCCUCAAAAAGCCCAUUCUCCAUGGAUAUUUCAGGAGUUCAUGUUCUUGGAGGGUUCGAAUUGCUUUUGCUCUGAAAGGUAUUGAAUUUGACCAAGUCCCAGUCAAUCUUAUCAAAGAUGGGGGUCAGCAGCUUACAGACCAAUACAAGGCGUUAAACUCUAUGCAACAAGUGCCUGCUGUCCAAAUUGAUGGCAUCACCCUGUCUCAGUCGCUGGCAGUGAUCCAGUACAUUGAGGAGACCAGACCAGGACCCAGGCUUCUCCCUGAAGACCCAAAGAAGCGUGCCCAGGUGCGCAUGAUCUCUGACCUCAUCGCCUCCGGGAUCCAGCCUGUGCAGAAUUUGUAUGUGCUACAGAAGAUUGGAGCAGAGAAGUUGCAGUGGGCGCAGCAUUUCAUUCAAAGAGGUUUUGAAGCCUUGGAGCCCAUUCUGAAAGAGACGGCAAGCAAGUACUGCGUAGGGGACGAGGUUAUUGUUCUGCUGAAAGGUGAAUUUGUCUCCCAGCGUCUGUUGGAAAGCAGACUCAACCAGGUUUCCCUCAGGGAUUUUGCCUGUGCUUAACUCUAUUCUGUUUUUUUUAUCCUAAAAAACUCCCUUGUCCUUGUCGAUGACAAGCAUACCCAUAACAUGAUGCAGCCAACACCAUGGUUGAAAUAUGAAGAGGGGUGUGUUGUUGUAUUUGCCCCAAACAUAACACUUUGUAUUUAGUACAUUAUUUUACAGUUUUACUUUUAGUGCCUUUUUGUAAACAGGAUGCAUGUUUUGGAAUAUUUUUAUUCUGUACACUUAGUAUUGUGGAGUAACUAGAAUGUUGUUGAUCCAUCCUCAGUUCUCCCAUCACAGCCAUUAAACUCUAUAACUGUUUUAAAAUCA